GGAGGCGGGGGAGACACGAAGCUGCUCSCAGACUACCYACACCAAGCGGGCAGAGGAGGUACGAAACAACGUAGAAAUCAGCGGACACGCAGUCCAUAUCCACCAGGAUGUAGAACCAAACCAGCAAGAGCAGUACGUGGUCAAAAUGAAGGAGCUGAAGGGCUGCGGUAUGCGCUGUUCAGUGGGCUUUCUGUCCCGCAGAGAGCUGAUCGGACAGCCGCUCAUGAAGGAUGAAUUCCAGAGACGGAGGCUGGCAGGCUGCACUAGCCUCUACAAGAAGAAUUUGGAGGGCCAUUUUGGCUGCGUCAACGCCAUUGAGUUCUCCAACAACGGCGGAGAAUAUCUGGUGUCUGGAGGAGAUGACCGGCGUGUGCUUCUGUGGGAUAUCGAGAAAGCCAUCCACUCCCAUUCCAAGCCGGUGAAACUGAAGGGCGAGCAUCUCUCCAACAUCUUCUGCCUCGCCUUCGACAGCUCAAACUCAAAAGUCUUCUCCGGCGGAAACGACGAACAGGUGAUUCUUCACGAUGUGGAGAGUCAGGAAACUCUGAACGUGUUCCUGCAUAUAGACGCUGUGUACAGCUUGUCCGUCAGCCCCGUCAACGACAGCAUAUUUGCGAGCUCGUCCGACGACGGCCGCGUUCUGAUCUGGGACACCCGGGAGCCGUCGCACGGAGAGCCGUUCUGCCUGGCUAGUUACCCUUCAGCCUUUCACAGCGUGAUGUUCAACCCUGUGGAGCCUCGGCUGCUGGCCACGGCCAACUCAAAGGAAGGAGUUGGACUGUGGGACAUUCGUAAACCACGCAGCUCUCUGCUGCGCUACGGUGGCAGCAUGUCCCUGCAGAGCGCCAUGAGCGUCCGCUUCAACAGCACGGGCACGCAGCUCCUGGCCCUGCGGCGCCGCCUGCCGCCCGUCCUCUACGAGCUGCACUCCCGCCUGCCCAGCUUCCAGUUCGACAACCAGGGCUAUUUCAACUCCUGCACCAUGAAAAGCUGCUGCUUUGCGGGCGACAAGGACCAGUACAUCUUGUCUGGAUCAGAUGACUUUAAUCUGUACAUGUGGAAAAUCCCAAACGACCCUGAAGCAGGGGGUCCCGGUCGCGUGGUGAACGGAGCCUUCAUGGUUCUGAAGGGCCACCGCUCCAUUGUGAACCAGGUUCGCUUCAACCCUCACUCCUACAUGAUCUGCUCCUCCGGAGUCGAGAAAGUCAUCAAGGUGUGGAGUCCGUACCGGCAGCCCGACAGCGAGGGGGAUCUGGAGGGCCGGGUGGAGGACCGCUCCCGCAGCCUCUACAGCCAUGAGGAGUACAUCAGCCUGGUGCUCAACAGUGGCAGCGGCCUGUCCCACGACUACGUCAGUCAGUCCAUAGAGGAGGACCCGCGCAUGAUGGCCUUCUUCGACUCGUUGGUGCGCCGGGAGAUCGAGGGCUGGAGCUCAGACUCCGACAGCGACCUCAGCGAGGAGGCCAUCAUGCAGCUCCACGCCCGCGGCCGCCGCUCCACGCGGGCCGCAUUGGCAGCUCCUGUCAUCGCCUCUGCUGCCGACCGCCGCACCGACUCCGACAACUCCUCGUCUUCCUCGUUGGCGGGACCCGACGCCUCAGGCGGUGAGGAGCGAGCCRCCGGGGAAGACGGGGAGGAAUGUCCCAGGAGACAGAGGAGACGCCCACAACACCAGUCGGGCUUCUUGGCCAAUGAGGACUCAGACUCCAGUGAAUUUUGGCUCGACCCGAUGCCCCGUCCUCGCUCGCCCAGCCCCAGGGAGAACUCCACGCUCUCCAGCCCCAGCAACUCUCCGUCGCUCCCCGCCGAGGCCUCCAGCUCCUCCACAUCCACCUCCAGCUCCAGCAGCGACGACGAGGAACGCCGCAGCGCCGUCCGACGCCAGAACGUGGUGAGACGGCGGCGCAUGAACGUGGUGUCCAGGGCCGGAAACCGACCCGAGUCCAUUCAGGCUCUGUUCUCAGCCAUCGACUCGUACAGUUACCCGUCGAUCUCCGUCGACGACCUGUCGUCCUCCUCGUCGGACGACGAGCCGAACUCCCUGGAGAUCAAACCCCGGGCUUCCGCUUCCAGAGAGGAGGAAAAGCGCCUGAGUCCAUCAGAGUUUGUGUGUCUGAGUCCGGUGAUGUCUCCGGAAAGCCAAGACAACAACGGGAGUGACAGGACUGAGCAGGGAGGGCGCUCCGCCGUGUCGCCUCGGCUACCGGAUGAACUCGGCAGCCCUAACGGCGGAGAGGCCAACGACAUCUCCACUGUCGCAGAUGGCGUCUCUCAAAGCCGACGUAGUCCGGGCGUGAACGGGCAACACAGACCCGUCACGCCGUCCAAUCAGCGCGCUUCCUCGGAGUCCGAGGACGAGAUCGGAACGCUAGCCGAAGAACCCAGGCUGCAGAGGGAGAAGGGCCUGGCGCAGAGCGCUCUGAAGCGGACUCACGUCGGGUCGGAGGAGGCCGAGUUGGGCUUGUCGUCCUCCGAAAAGAAGCUAAAGACGUAACAAAAGCCUCUUCUCAUUUGUACCCAGAACAAAACUUAGGAAGUGGAUUUUUUUUUUAUGAGCUUCUACAACUCAAAUUUUUUAUUUUUUUUUCCAUUUCGGACUCCUAGUCAUGACUCACAUGACCUCACACUGCUAAAGAACAGCUAAGAAUGGUUGUUGUUGUUGAAGAGCAGACAGAUUGGGCUGUAUCUCCAUCGUUUCGGUAGAACCUACAGGUUGCAUUAAGACAUAAAUAAGCUGCGUGUUGGUACUACAUGAGAGGCGUUUAUUUUUAUGUGACGUCAGUAUUCAUUUUUUGUUUUGUUUUGUUCUUUUUCCCCUCCACCACCUCCUCGUGUUCUGAUCGCUGCGCCCGGAUCCGCAGUUCGGUUCUGCCUCUGCCGACUAAAAGAACUCGUGCGCAGCGAAAGCUUUGAGGUUUUUAGUUGAGCUUUGUUCUGAUCAGGUUUGUUGUCAUUAAGUGUUUCUCGGUUUACGCUGCUCCAGGAAGCCUGAAGAACUGACUCCGGGUCAGUUUCCGCUUGUAUAAACUGUGUUGACAUUUUGCUUUGUUUUUGUGUUCUUAAUCUGCCUACAGUUACAAAUCAUCUCACUUGUGUUUUCUUGCAACUAAAAAACUGACAUGUGACAAAAAAAAGAGAAAAACAUCAGUGUUUACUUACUUUGAUACUCGCCAACGAUUUGAAAUAAUUAAGAAAUUUUAUAAACGAUUCAAGUGUUGCUCCACUGAGUCUCCAUGGCAACGUGAUCUUGAUCAUAAUGGAAAGUUUGUCCAGCUGUGAGAGGAAAAGAGCAGGGUGGUAACUGAUAAAAUAUUUCAUAAUUAUUUGAAUGUACUGUCCUCCAGGGACAAAGUGAAUUAUUUUAACACACUGUGGGAACAAACACUAGUGACCAGCAACAUUUACUGACAGAAAUAUACAGGAAAAAAAUAUUUUUAUUGUAAUAAAAAAAAAGAAUGAAUGUAAUUACAUUCGGCCACUGGGGGGCAGUAGAAACAAGAUACUGUCGUGGAGAUGGUUCUGAAUAGUUGGAUCAUUGGAAAUGAUGCUAAAAAUGAAUCAAACAGGAUUUUUUUUUAAAUAUUUAUUUUUUUCCUGAAUCUUUAAAGUGUGAAGCUGGAUUCAUCAGAUAGCGUAAUUUAGACACAAAAUGUUUUUUUUUCCCAAUUUCAAAUUUACAUUUUUAAACUGUGCCAACUCCUCGGUGAAUCUGACCUGAUGUGGAAAAAGUUUUAUUCCCACUGGAGAAUUUUUGUGUGAAUUGAUAAAUUCCUGAGGAAAAGCACAAAGCAAAUUCUGACCCAUCUUGAGGCGAAGACCAUCAUUUGGCUGCCCGUUUCCUGCAGGUGAUGGAAUCACUCAUACUGCGACGCCCAACAGGGGGAUGGUUAUUCAUAAAGCACAUGGUGUCACUGCUGUCUGAGGGAACGGACAUCGCUGCUGAUGGGUAGAAACUACACAUAUCGACAGGCUGUGAAGAUGGAUAAAUUAGGAAAACACAAAAGGAGAUGACAGAAGGACAAGUGUAGACAGAAGAAGGGAAUGAAAAAUGGGAAACGGGUGGAUGGAUGUAAGAAAGAAACAAAGAGGAAUGAGAAAACAAGCAAAGAAAUGGGAAUAGGAAAGGAAAGAAUGAAGGACACAUGGAAGUAAAGAUACAAGGAAGGAGUAAAAGAAGACACACUGAUAAAUGAAGAGAAGAGGGGACAACAGGAAUGAAUAAAGUAAAAUAAAAAGUAAGGAAAGACAGGAAAUGGAGGAGGAUGGAAAGAAAUUAGGAAACAGGAAAAACGAUGAGAAAUAAUGUAGGAAGGAACGAAACGAGUAAAAGGACAUGAUUUAGAAAAGUAACCGUUAGACUACGAAACUGGAAAUAGGAACUACUUUCCAUAUCUUCCUUUUCCUACACCUGGAAUAAAAACAUGACUCAAAUUCCAUACUUUAGUAGGAAUCCUGCAGAGUUUGCGCUUGGUGAAACCAGAGGAUAGGUGGGGUGGCGCGGCGCUCGCCCAGGACUCACUUCUUGUUAUUCAUGCAAUCACAGGCAACAUCCUGGCUUACCAAGUGGAUGUUCUGAAUGUAAUCUGGAGGCAAAACUUCUCAUCAGUCGUGUAUUUUAUAAAUUCCUCACAUUCCUUCACUUGCGUGCCAAGUCAAAAUAAUUUCCUCAUCAUAUAAAUAUCAGCAGGAAGCAGCCUUCUUGUAGCUCUGUGUGAUCUCAUGUUGCUCUUCUCACGUCUCUACAUGGUCACGUCGAGGGCGACGCAGCGUUAACGUGUAUCUUUAUUUAUACAGGCGAGGUUAGCCGAGGUUCUCCUCUUCCUCCAACUGGGAGGAGCCCAGUAGAACCACGGCCUUGGAAGGCCUUCCUCCGGAGCAGAUAGACGAAACGGUGCAACGUUAACGUUAUUUUGAACUCUGCAUCUUCAUCCUCUUAUUUCAACACUGCGGCCGGCAUCCUAGGAAGGGCUGAUGCUGAAAAGUGGGACUGUACAUGCUGAUGUGAUCCCACGUGGCGUUUUAACCCAAACAGUGGGAACCAUCGCCGCCCAGGCAGCAAUUUUCCAUACAUGGCUCCAGCCUUAACGCCGAUUGAAGAAUUCCCCUUCCGACAUGACUGGAAUACCUUGGGUGGCUGCCAGAGACCAAACACGACGCGCCAGCUCUUCACAUGAGCCUUCGGGGAGCCGGCAGGAGCGUUCUCUUCUUCUCCAAACGGCUCCGUUUUGGUGUUAAGAGACACGAAACCAGUCUUUGGAAAAAAACGGCUCAGGCUUGGAUCAGACGGAGAACAUACGUUACCAAAAACUUUCACUACUCGCAAAGAGUAUUAUUGGAUUUAGGUUUGAACUUUGACUAGGCCAUUUUAACACAAUAGUUUGCUAUUAUAUAUUAUGUAGUUAUAUAGAUCCAAACAAGUCUUUCUCAGCUCCUAACAGGUUUUCUUUAUGUAAUUGGGUCCAUCCGUCUUUCAUCACCUCUGAUCAUCUUCCCUGUCUCCACCAAGAAAGUCAUCCCAACAUCAUGAUACUACCACUACCAUGUUCUUUUAGUUUCCCUCCAAGUAGCGUAAUAAAUGUUAGUUUUGUUCUAACGUGA